AGUUUUUGUGCUUAUCUGUCCAUUCUGUCUUUUUCUUUUUUCAUCCCAGAGAAUGUCUGAAUACAGCUCGCUGUUGAGUGAUCUGUCUGAGAACAUCACUAAUGAAGACCUGGAGCAGCUGAAGUCGGCCUGUAAGGAGGACAUCCCCGAAGACCAGAGCAACGCCAUCACCUGCUCCAAAGACUGGUUCAGUUACCUGGAGAAGAAUGACAAACUGGCACAAGAUAACCUGUCCUACAUAGAGCACAUCUUUGAGAUCUCGCGGCGGGCCGGACCUCUUGACCGGGUCAUCGAGUACCGCACGACCGUGCUGAAGAUCUCCGAAGACGACGAGAUCGACACCAAACUCACACGCAUCCCCUCGGCCAAGAAAUACAAGGAUAUCAUUCGCCAGCCGUCAGAGGAUGAGAUUAUCAAACUGGCCCCUCCACCUAAAAAAAGCAUGAGGUCAAAGUUCAUGACCUCUGCUCCUCCUCCCCGUCACUUCAUCGUCACUAAGCCCCCACCCACUCCACCUCCUCCCCCACCCGAACAGAAGCCAAGCAGCCAAUCAGAUCAAGAUGCUUUAAAGCCACGCCCACGCCACGGAACGCAUGGAAAACUGAACGAAAGACAACGAAAUGGACAAAAAUAGACUUGCAGAUCGGAUCAUCAGAUUGUGUAUGGAAUGAAAAACAAAGUCUGUGUUCGCUGACGCUUGUGUGGAAUUGUGUAUGUGCGAGAGAGAGCUUAUUCACACCCGUGAUGGGAUCAGAAGUUGGCCAGCACAAAAGGGAGUUCGCAGUUAAUGUGGCGACUAGUGUGAGUCUAGUAGAGAAACCGGUUUAGCCACUGAUCGCUGUUCCUAUAGACACAUUUAUUCCCUGGUUAGUAUCGUGGGUAGACUCCAGGUCGGUACAUUCCCUUUAAAACACGACUCACAUCAACAUUUAAAAGUGUUACAGAGAAUCCAUCCCUGAAUUUGUGUGAUUGCCACUUAGAAAGCCAAUAUUUGCCUUCCUUAGAAAUUAAAUGCAUUAUCGCAGGGUAUGCAGGUUACUUAGUAGAGAUAUGAUAUUGCUUUUUUAUAUUUCUGUACGUCAUACUUCUAGGAAUUAUAGUUUAUUAAAUUAUCAGUUAUAUAAUAAUAAUCAUUGUUUUGUGUCAAGCGACAGCAGUCUUAUAUAUAUAGCAACAUAUAUGGAGUCUGUUAAACUAGCGUGGGAGACAAAAUUAGACAUUUAUCUUCUAUUAUUAAAUGUAUAACGGGCCUAAAAACACUGUCUUAGAACGAUUGGAACAUGCUAGAACACUAAACCCCCCCA